AUGAACCUAAGCUUCUUCGACCAAUUCUCAAGCCCGUCCUUACUAGGAAUCCCACUAAUCCUCAUCUCAAUAACAUUCCCAGCCUUACUCCUCCCCUCCCUAGACAACCGAUGGGUCACUAACCGACUCUCCACCCUCCAACUCUGACUAGUUAACCUAAUCACAAAACAACUGAUAAUACCCCUGGACAAAAAAGGCCACAAAUGAGCCAUGAUCCUCACAUCUCUCAUAAUCUUCCUCCUAUUGAUUAAUCUGCUCGGACUGCUACCAUACACAUUCACCCCAACCACUCAACUAUCCAUAAACCUAGCCCUAGCAUUCCCCCUAUGACUCGCCACCCUCCUAACCGGCCUACGUAACCAGCCAUCCGCCUCCCUAGGCCACCUCCUACCAGAAGGCACUCCGACCCCACUAAUCCCGGCCCUAAUCCUAAUCGAAACAACAAGCCUAUUAAUCCGACCACUAGCCCUAGGAGUACGACUCACAGCCAACCUUACAGCAGGACAUCUACUCAUCCAACUAAUCUCCACAGCCACAACAGCCUUAUUCUCAACAAUACCAGCAGUCUCUUUACUAACAUUAAUAGUCCUCUUCCUAUUAACCAUCCUAGAAGUAGCAGUAGCAAUAAUCCAGGCCUAUGUCUUCGUCCUACUACUAAGCCUCUACCUACAAGAAAACAUCUAA